AUGGGGCUAUCAUGGGAUCAUGAAACCGCACAAUCCUCGAUGAGAUUUAUUCAAACCAAAUCAAACCAAAUCACAAGCAAUGGAACAAAUGACUUCCCAAAUACUACCAAAUGGGCAUAUGGAUUUCCAGAUAUCAGUUUCUGCAAGGGCAGAGACAACUGCAGGAGCGCAUGGAUUGGACCCCCGUUGUUGAGGCUGACAGCAACCGUUGAUGGGCAUGUGACUUCAACCGAGGCUUCUCCAAUCCCCAAGGUAUACAGCGACGUGAUUGGCUAG